GUCCCCUUCCACGGCCUGUCUCUUGGUUGUCCGUGUGUCUUUCUGUCGUGUUCAUCGCACUGUGACGGAAAGUAUUGGCUUGCAGAGGAGGAGUAAGGAUAUGAACAUUAAAGAUUGCUCAUGACAAAUAUAUAGUCCUUCGAAGCUAGAAACAACGAAAUGCAAGGUGUCCAAAAACAUGGAUUUGAUUUAGGGGCAUUUGUUGGAGACCUGACGCUUGAAGAUGAUGGUGACAGUGAUGACAUAUCACUGGAGGGCUUGCAACAAGUACUUGAAGAAUGCAAGAAUGAUGAUGUGGUUGCAAACAUAUUGGCAAAAGGCACAAAAUUGCGUGAAUAUACAAAGGGUGUGGAGAAUAACAUCCGGACUGUUGAGCUGGAGUCAAUUCAGGAUUACAUACGAGAAAGUGACAAUUUGGUGGUGUUGCAUGAACAAAUCCGAGAUUGUGAUUUAAUCAUAUCCCAGAUGGAAACUCUGCUUGGUGGUUUUCAGGCGGAGAUUGGCUCUAUAAGUUCAGAGAUCAAAACUCUUCAAGAGAAGUCAAUGGACAUGGGUUUGAAACUAAAAAAUCGUAAGGUUGCAGAGUUAAAACUUUCAGGAUUUGUUGAAGAAAUUAUUGUGCCUCCAAAGAUGGUUGACAUUAUUGUUGAUGGAGAGGUCAAUGAAGAAUACAUGAAAACCCUUGAGGUUCUUAGCAAAAAACUGAAAUUCAUAGAGGCAGAUGCUAUGGUAAAGAUGUCAAAGGCUCUGAAAGAUAUUCAGCCUGAACUGGAAAGGCUCCGCCAGAAGGCAGUGUCCAAGGCCUAUGAGUUCAUUGUUCAGAAGCUUUAUGCAUUGAGGAAGCCAAAAACUAAUAUUCAGAUUCUUCAACAGAGUAUUUUGCUCAAAUACAAGUACCUUAUUCUUUUCCUAAAAGAACAUGGUAAGGAGAUCUAUGUGGAGGUCCGUGGAGCAUAUGUAGAUACGAUGCAUAAGGUUUUAAGUGCACAUUUUCGUGCAUAUAUUCAAGCACUGGAGAAACUACAGUUGGAUAUAGCAACAGCAAGUGAUCUGAUUGGAGUAGAGGCAAGAGGUGCUGGCUUGUUUUCAAGAGUGAGGGAACCAUUGAAGAAUAAAUCUGCUGUUUUUGCUUUGGGGGACAGGAUUGCUAUUUUAAAGGAAAUUGAUCAACCGGCAUUAAUUCCUCAUAUAGCAGAAGCUAGCUCUUCGAAAUACCCAUAUGAAGUCCUAUUUAGGAGCUUGCAUAAGCUGCUUAUGGAUACAGCUACAUCAGAGUACCUUUUUUGUGAUGAUUUUUUUGGUGAGGAGCAAAUCUUCCAUGACAUAUUUGCAGGUCCAUUUGCUGUUAUUGAUGAGCACUUCAACUCUAUUCUCGUCAAUUGUUUUGAUGCAAUUGGACUAAUGCUUAUGAUUCAUAUAAUAGACCAGCACCGGCUGGUCAUGUCCCGCCGCCGCAUCCCAUGCCUGGACUCAUACUUAGACAAGGUUAAGCUUUCAUUAUGGCCUCGUUUCAAGAUGGUUUUUGACUUGCAUCUUAAUAGUUUACGGAAUGCUAAUGUUAAAACCUUGUGGGAAGAUGACAUCCAUCCACAUUAUGUGAUGAGACGUUAUGCUGAAUUCACUGCAUCUCUCAUUCAGCUUAAUGUUGAUUAUGGAGAUGGAAAGCCUGAAUUGAAUUUAGACAGGUUGCGAAUGGCCGUGGAUGAUUUGCUGGUUAAGCUUGCCAGAAUGUUUCCCAAAGCAAAGCAGCAAACCAUAUUUCUCAUAAACAAUUAUGACAUGACAAUUGCUGUUUUGAAGGAAGCAGGUACUGAAUGUGAAAAAAUGCAGCUUCACUUUGAAGAGCUUUUGAAGAGUAACAGUGCUAUAUUUGUGGAGGAAUUGCUGAUGGAGCACUUCAGUGACCUAAUAAUAUUUGUAAAGACCCGGGCAGGUGAGGAUGUGAAUUCAAAUUCCGACAGGCCAAUCACUAUCGCAGAUGUUGAACCACUUGUUAAGGACUUCGCAAGUCGUUGGAAGGCUGCAAUAGAGCUCAUGCAUAAAGAUGUCAUUACUUCGUUCAGUAAUUUCUUGUGUGGCAUGGAUAUCCUGAGAGCUGCAUUGACUCAGUUGCUGCUUUAUUACACAAGGCUCUCAGAUUGCAUAAAGCGAAUUCCAGGAGGGCCUGCUCUUAACAAGGAUCUAAUAUCCAUAUCCUCUAUCAUGUAUGAAAUCAGAAAGUACUUGAGAACAUUUUAGUUAUUUUUAUUGUCGAUAUGUGCAUUCUGAGUAUUACAUUAGCAUCCAGGCUUCGCAGUUGUGGCGAAUUGGUCCUGAUGCGACCACCAUGUGGCAUCAUGUCAAGCAUAAAGAGAAUAGUUUUGUCAAAAGACGGACCAGUAAACAAUUUAUUUCAUUUUCAACUGCUA